UAGGGAAGUAUUUUUCUCAGUAAAUAAUAAACUUAUGUAGGGACCCCUUAAUGUUUCCUUUAAAAAUCCGGCGCUCUACGGACCAACUAUUUUAAAUGACGCGAUAAAUAUGACAAUAUUCUGAGCGCAUAUUUAUCGAAACUCUGAGACAAAGGGCAUCCUCUCUCAAAUAAACUUUCCUCAAAAGGCACAUUUCGAAAACGUUAUUCUGGAGUCAUAUAACCUUUUCGGCCAUUUUCAUUUCACCUAUUUUUCCAACACCUCUUCCGAAAGGUUGUUCCCUUGUAUACAUAAUUACGUUAGUAUUUAAAGUAAAAUAAAAACAUGGAUUAAUAUAACGUAUUCCCCACGGGGGAUCUACUGUGCAACAUAAAUUGACGAAAUUCCGCGAAAAUCUUCGCGAAACGCCAUUACAAAACGUAAUAUAAUAACUCACAUUUGUUCUUACCGACCAUCCUGAACGUCGGCGCGAAGUAACCUCGUGAAGUUAUCGGCUCCUGCGUGUGCGGAAAACGCGAGCGAAAAUCCGGCACGAUUCUCCUACGGCGAUGAUCCUAUUUUUGGAAUCCGGAUAGCGUCGUCGUAGAAUCGCCGUCGCGAAUCCGUCGUAUGCACUGCUAUCGCUUUCGUCCGAUGCGUUGCACCGGCGUCUUCGGCUUCCCACUCUGUUUCCGUCCGGUGCUGCGGCACUUCCGGCUGCCGUCGAGGCGCGGCGUCAGGUAUUCGCCGCAUUCGCGCACGACGACUGCAGCCGGACGGAUCGUCGUCAGCUCACCGUUACUAAUACCGGUCUCCCAUUUCUUUACGCAGCCCGCCAAAAUGGUUUGGAUCACCGCCGACGACAAGAUGGCCGGCCAGCCAAACACCCAGGCAUUGUAUGCCCAAAGUCAGCUGGACCACAUGUGCGCCCUGGAUAUCGGCAGCCGUGCGUCCUUCGUCCGCUUGUCCGGCAUUAUCUGCACGAUCGGGCCCGCCUCCAGGUCCGUGGAGACCCUGGAGAAGAUGAUCGAGACUGGGAUGAACAUUGCCCGCCUGAACUUCUCGCACGGCACCCACGAGUAUCACGCGGAGACGAUCGCCAAUGUGCGCCAAGCGCAGAAGAAUCUGACCGCCCGCGCUGGUAUCAACAUUCCCGUCGCCAUCGCUUUGGAUACAAAGGGCCCCGAAAUUCGCACCGGCCUUCUGGAAGGCGGUGGCUCGGCCGAGGUGGAGUUGGUCAAAGGUCAGGCCUUUAAACUGUCCACCGACAAGGCGUACAUGGAGAAAGGAAACGCCCAGAUCGUCUACGUUGACUACGAUAACAUUACGAAGGUAUUGAAGGCGGGGAACCGCGUGUUCGUCGAUGACGGUUUGAUCUCUCUCAUCGUCACUUCUGUCGGUCCCAACUUGAUCUCGACGAACAUUGAGAACGGCGGUAUGUUGGGCUCCCGCAAGGGUGUGAACCUGCCGGGGGUGCCGGUGGAUCUACCGGCCGUAUCCGAGAAAGAUAAGUCUGACCUUCUGUUCGGCGUCGAGCAAGAGGUCGACAUGAUAUUCGCUUCCUUCAUCCGAAACGGCGCGGCCUUAACGGAGAUCCGUGCAAUCUUGGGUGAGAAGGGCAAGAACAUCAAGAUCAUAUCGAAGAUAGAGAAUCAGCAAGGCAUGACGAAUCUCGACGAGAUCAUCGAGGUGUCCGAUGGCAUCAUGGUAGCGCGAGGUGACCUGGGAAUCGAAAUACCGCCGGAGAAGGUGUUCUUGGCGCAAAAGUCCAUGAUCAGCAGGUGCAACAAAGUUGGCAAGCCCGUGAUCUGCGCCACGCAGAUGUUGGAAUCUAUGGUGAAGAAACCACGCGCCACCAGAGCCGAAACCUCGGACGUCGCCAAUGCCAUUCUCGACGGCGCUGAUUGCGUCAUGCUGUCAGGUGAAACCGCGAAGGGAGAAUAUCCACUGGAAUGUGUUCGCACAAUGGCCAAUAUCUGUAAGGAAGCGGAGGCGGCGAUUUGGCAGACCCAAAUCUUCCACGAUCUGUCGAGCAAAGCACUGCCGCCUAUCGACGCCACGCACGCCGUCGCCGUCGCCUCCGUGGAGGCGUCUGUCAAAUGCUUGGCCUCCGCCAUCAUCGUCAUUACAACGUCAGGUCGAUCGGCACACCUGAUCGCGAAGUACAGGCCGCGUUGCCCGAUCAUCGCGGUCACCAGGUUCCAUCAAGUCGCACGGCAGGCGCAUUUGUAUCGCGGAAUAUUGCCGUUGUAUUACGGAGAGUCACCAUUAGCCGACUGGGUAAAAGACGUAGACACACGUGUGCAAUACGGAUUGAACUUCGGCAAGGGUCGCGGUUUCGUCAAAACUGGCGACUCGGUUAUAGUUGUGACGGGAUGGCGACAAGGCUCCGGCUUUACGAAUACACUUCGCAUCGUGUACGUAGAACAAGUAUUGCUCAGAGAACGACCUUCUCUUGACAUUUAUAGCGAUAGCGAUUCCUACGACGAUCUCCUUUAAAUCGCAUUAUACCUCGUAUCUUCUUUAUUACCUGAUUCGCUAUAAUAAUAGUUUAUACGUUACGAAUUAAUUAUACCGUAUGUUCUUAUAUCACUAUGUUCGUUAGAAUUAAAAGAAAUGUUUUGAAGCUUAUAAUUAAUGUAAUUGGACAUAUGAAACGUUGGAUUUUUCGAAAUACACGUUAUUUUACAAAAACCAAGAUAACUAAUGUCACUUGUGUGCAUCUGUGUUUCAGCAUAUUCUCAUCUUAAGUAUUUAAUCGCGAAACCGAUUCAAGUACAGUUAUACCCUUUUAUAAUGCCAUUAAUAUCGUGUCUUCGGCGGUAAUGUGUGAUCGAUCAUAUG